AUGCACGGCAUUACGGAAACCCUGCUGGACACGCUGGCCCAGCACUGGCUGUCGAUAGGCCUGUCGCUGGUCGUGGCCUGGCUGGUCAAGAACCGCUACCACAACGGGCUCAACAGAUACCCCGGGCCCUUCCUGGCCUCGUUGACGGACUGGUGGCGCUUCUUCGACGUCAAGGGCUGCCGGCCCGAGGUUACGCACCGGAGGCUGCACGAGAAGUACGGCGACAUCGUCCGUCUCGGCCCCAACACGCUCUCCUUUGCCAACCCGGCCGCCCUCAAGACCAUCUACGGCCUGAACAAGGGCUUCGUCAAGUCCGACUUUUACAUUGUGCAGCAGUCCAUCGCCAAGGGCUACAGGUUGGAGUCGCUCUUCAGCACGACCAACAACGAGUUCCACUCGCAGUUCCGCCGCUGCGUCAACUCGGCUUUCUCCAUGUCGGCCCUGGUUCAGUACGAGCCCUUUGUCGACAACACCACCAAGCUGUUCCUGUCGCAGACGGAGAAGCUCUUCGCCGGCAACCCCGAGGGCUGCGACUUCACCACCUGGCUGCAGUUCUAUGCCUUUGACGUGAUCGGCGAGAUCACUUACAGCAAGCGCCAUGGCUUCGUUGAAAAGAACGAGGACAUUGACGGCAUCGUCGCCUACCUCGGCAAGCUGUUUCUCUACGUGGCACCGAUCGGCCAGAUCCCCUUCCUGGACCUCCUCCUCCUCAAGAACCCCAUCUACCUGAAGCUCUCUCAGUGGGGCUUCAUCGACGCCACCUUCCCCGUCGCCCGCUUCGCCCGGGACCGCAUGGCCGAGCGCCUCCCCGAGCUCGGCGGCGGCGGCGGCGGCGGCAAGGAACCCCUCCUCCCCGUGACGUCGGGCAAGAAGCUCGCCCAGCAGCCCGACCUGCUCUCCAAGUUCCUCGCCGCGCGCGAGGCGCGGCCCGAAUUCAUGAGCGACGUCCUCGUGCAGACCAUGGCCGUGAGCAUGGCCUUCGCCGGCUCCGAGACGACGGCCAUCAGCCUCGCCGCCGUCUUCUACUACCUCCUGCGCACGCCCGCGGCGCUGGCCCGGCUGCGGCGCGAGCUCGACGACGUCGCCCGCGCCGGCGGCUUCAGCGAUUCGGAGACGGGCCUCGUGACGUGGACCGAGAGCCAGCGGCUCGAGUACCUCGACGCCUGCAUCAAGGAGGCCUUCCGCAUGCACCCGGCCGCCGGCCUGCCGCUGGAGCGCGUCGUGCCCGAGCAGGGCGCCGAGAUCGCCGGCACCUUUGUCAAGGGCGGCACCAUCGUCGGCUGCAGCGCUUGGAUCAUCCACCGCCGGCCCGAGAUCUGGGGCGCAGACGUCGACACUUACAGGCCCGAGCGCUGGCUGCCCGAGCCGGGCAAGGACCCGCUCGCCGAGGAGAGCCGCAUCAAGGAGAUGAACGGCCACAUGUUCCAGUUCGGCAUGGGCAGCCGCACCUGCAUCGGGAAGAACAUCAGCCUGCUGGAGAUUUACAAGGUCGUGCCGAGUCUGCUGCGGAGGUUCGAUAUCUCGUUCAAGGACCCCAGCGAGGAGUGGGAGCUGGUCAACGCGUGGUUCGUCAAGCAGAACAACUUCAACGCAAAGUUCGAGCGGAGGGACAUCAUCAAGCCCGAGGUCGGCGAGAAGGCCGAGUCGUGA